AGACCUUCUACUCCACCUACGUUUCACUUUCUGAUUGGCGUUACGCAGGUAUCCAGCUAUUAUUUAUUGCUCCCCAAAGGGUAGACCCCCCAUUUAUCCGGAGCAGCUUUCACUGCACUCUGCGCUUGAGCACACAACUCGGCAACUUCUCGCCACACACCAGGUGUUGCUUGGAAAAUGAGAAGGAGUUUUUUACUGGUGUCUCUGCUCCUCCUCGUCAAACUUCGAUGCAGUCAGUCCAGAUGCGAGGAGCCCGAGUCACGCAAAACAACUUCACUUCACCAGACCCUUGGUUUAAAUUACCCCAAACCGAACCUCAUUAAGAGGUAUAGCGAUUGGGAUUAUGACAGUUUUGUGGGUCUGAUGGGCAGAAGAGAUGCUGCCGGUGAAAACAUUGUGCAGCACCCACAAAAAAGGGAAAUGCAUGACAUAUUUGUUGGGUUAAUGGGAAGAAGAAACUCUGAGCCUGAUAACGGUGCCUGGAGGAGAACGCUACCUGAGAGGAGAAGGAUAUUUGUGAACAAGUGUAGGCUGAGGUUUCUCCAGGGGCUGUGACAGAACUGAAAGCAACAACAUCCGCAUCAUGAAGGAGACGACUGACGGAGAAUAUGAGUAGCGAUAUACUGUAAACCUGUCAAAUGGCCAAUGAAAAAACAUGCCUUCUACUUUAUUACUUGAUUCAAAGUUCCAAAUAAACGUACUUUUAUAUAAAAUGUAUUCUUUUACUGUGGUGACGAAUACUCAGUGACCAACUGUAUUUGUUCUCAUAAAAUUGCUCCACAAGGAUUCAUAUAAUGAUUUAUUAGUUUAGGGCUUAGGUGCUCUCAGAUGAAAAUAAACAGUCUCAUAGAGGAAUUUUUUUUUUUUUUUUUUAAUGAAACAGUUAUUCUUCUCUUCUCCUGCCUUUGGAUUUUGGGGAAAAUGAACAGGAAACACAACAUUCAAGACAUUUUCAAGUAAAAAAAAAAAACUAAACAUUUUAAAAUAAAAAUCAUACUGAGUGACCUGACCUUUAGAAUUUGAA